UAUAAAUUGGAGUAUUGACUUUGGAACCUUGUAUUGUUUUUAAUCCCAAUCACAGGCAGAUCAUAAACUAAACCUCAAAUGGGUCUCCACUCCGCGGUAUAUAGGCUGAGAGAGAAAACAGAACCGCCGGAGACAAAGACAUACAAACACACAUAGACGGGGCUAGAGAGAGACAAAACAAACCAGCGAUGGGUUCUUCCAAGAUUCCCGCGGCGUUAAUUUUUGCGGUGGCGGUGGCGAUCAUGAUGGCGGCACCUAGUGUGGUGGAUGCACAAACAUCGCAGGAGCCGUCGUGCGCCGCGCAACUGGUACCGUGCGCGGCGUACAUCAACGGCACCGGCAAGCCGCCGGAGUCGUGCUGCGGCCCGAUGAAAGUGGCCGUGGAGACCGAGAUGGCGUGCCUCUGCAAUUUGUACACCACCCCUGGCUUGUUGGCUUCUUUCGGUUUCAACGUCGCUCAGGCCAUCGCCAUCCCCGCCCGUUGCGGCAUCACUACUGCCAGCACCUGCGGCGAAGGUGAAUCCCAUCUUUGUUCCUGUUAUAUGUAGAUAUGUUUGUGUAUGCAUGUGUGUGGAUAUGUACCUACGGUUUUGACAUGGCACUUCAUGAAAUCG